AUGAACUUUCAGAAACGUGAGAUUAGCGUAUUAAACGGGACAGUGUGCUGUGGGACACAACAGGGUGUUCGGCUUUUGAGGUGCACAGAAAACUAUGUGAGUGUGCUUUCACAACUCUUUUUACCAAUAUUAAACGUACGUUCCAUAGCUUUAGUGGAUGAGAACACAGUAGCGUAUUGCUGCUAUGCCAAUAAAGACACUUCGCCAUCUGCAGUUUACAUACAGAAAGUGUUUUGGGAACAAACACCUGCAAAGGAACUUAUUGCGUUAGAGAAACAAACGGUUGUGAAAACAGAGAAAAUGACACUUCGCUUUCCGGAGGAAAUCCACUUUGUGAAUUGUCUUGAUAACAAGUUGAUUGUAGUCGCAAACACACACAUUUUUGUAUAUGAAACAAUAGAGUUCCGUACUAUCGAAACUCAUCCAAUUGUAUACCCACUGCUAGUCGACGCAACAAUCUUAGACGGCAACUUGGUGUAUUCCAACGUCGAUAAUUGCCAAAUACAGUUUGUCUACGUCGGGGGUGUCAAGUCUUCGUUGGAUAUUGACAAAGAAGAGUUCACUUUUGUCCGAAUAUUGAAUGACAACUACGCUAUUGUUGGGACGUCGACAUUUGCUUAUUUCCAUGCACUCAAAACACGAAACAAACAGAUUAAACUUAGUUUUGAUACGACUUAUAUCGAGUGUGUAGCGUCAAUAAUGUUCGGCAAAUAUUGUGUUAUUGUAAUGAGGAACGCGGAUGGUUCGAAAAUGUUGGCAUUUAACACAACGGUGUCUUCUACUACUUCGCCUUGUUUUACUUUUGAGCUUGUCCCAUAUGAUGUUCCAUGCUUCUUAACACAAAUACAAAAUGACGGUAAACUAUUCUUGGUUCUUUUCUCAAGAAAGUCAUUCAUAUUCUUCGACUCUGACAUGAAGUUUGUCACACAGAAAACAUAUAAAAUAGGAAGACCUUAA